AUGGAAGUUUCAUAUAUUUUUUCACUGUAUUGCAUUUUCAGCCUGAGUGGCUGUAACCUGUCAGAGAGAAGCUGUGAAGCUCCGGCAACGGUUCUCAGCUCCGAGUCCUCCUGUCUGAGAGAGUUGGACCUGGGAAAUAAUGACUUGCAGGACUCAGGGGUGAAGCUGCUCUGUGUUGGACUGAAGAAACAAAACUGUAGGCUGGAGGCUCUCAGGCUCUCAGGCUGUCUGAUCACAGAUGAAGGUUGUGUGUCUCUGGCCUCUGCUCUGAGCUCCAACCCCUCCCAUCUGAGAGAGCUGGACCUAAGCUACAAUCAUCCAGGAGAGUUGGGAGUAAAACUGCUCUCUGACGGACUGAAGGAUCCACAUUGGAAACUUGACAGUCUCAGGGUUGACCAUGGAGGAGAGCAAUGGUUAAAACCAGGCCUGAGGAAGUAUGCCUGUGAACUCGCACUGGACCCAAACACAGCAAACAGAAAUGUGUUCCUCUCUGAAGACAACAGAAAAGCAGCAACAGCGAGAGAGACGCUUCCAUAUCCUGAUCACCCGGACAGAUUUGACUUUAUGUAUGCCGUCCUCUGCGAUAAUGAUCUGCGUGGUCGCUGUUACUGGGAGGUUGAGAGGGAAGGAUGGCUUUCUAUUGGAGUGACUUACAGAGGAAUCAGAAGGAAAGGAGAUGACAACGAGUGCAGGUUUGGGAGAAACGACAAAUCCUGGGCUCUGUUUGCGUCUGCUGAUCUUUUCUCUGCCUGGCACAAUGACAGGUCAGAAACCAUCUACGUCCCACCGUCCUUUCUCCCGACGAGAGUAGCGGUGUAUCUGGACUGGCAUGCUGGCACGCUGUCUUUCUACAGAAUCACCUCGGGCGCAUUGAACCACCUCCACACCUUCCAUUCCACCUUCACUGAACCCCUCUACCCUGGGUUUGGUUUUAGGUCUGGAUCCACAGUGUCUUUGAGUCAUUCAUCAGAGCAAGAGCGGGUCUCAGGAAACAUGUAGUACAGCGAAAACAUGGUGGAAACGGUAGACCCGUUUGUGAACAAAGCCACAAGUGAGAAGUGAAAGGAAAAUCCCAAAUAAGAAGAACAUAAAUGCAGAUGUUUCCACAUAGGGUACAAAUAUGAAUGGAUUAUUGAAAGGGCCUACAGCAACAGGCCCAACAGUCCAAUGUGUUUGAUUUGAUGAUUAAAGUGUAGACAGGCUUUUUUUUUUUUGCUUAAACCUGUGAUGAAUAUUGAUUGCUCAGUGUAACACUCAUGGAAAAUGAGUCUUUAUCCCACCUGUAGGAUUUGUUAGCUGCUCUGUCUGUUCAUGGCAGCUGCCUCUGGGUUUCUAACCAUGUUUGCUCUGCUUGAUCUGAAAGUUGCGUUUGAUACGAUCUCAUGUCAGGUCUGUCUGGUUUCUAUUGGAAUCACUGGCACUUCUUUUGACUUGUUUCAGUUUUCUCCCUGGACGUACUCAGUUUGUUCUACUUAAAAAAAAAAAAAAAAAAAGUUGAUCAAUCCUUUGAGACUCGAGUUCUCCUGCAAGGGUUAUUAGUUCUGUUUCACAUUUUGUAGAAACUACAGCAGGGAGUUCAGCACUUCGAGUUGACUAGAAUGGUUUUCACAUCUUCAGUAGAAACAAACUGCCCUUG